AUGCAGAUUGUUGAAACGCCAAUUUUUAAUACAGAAUACGAUGAAAUUGGUGACAUUUGUACUUCAGAUAAAAAAAUAAUCGAAAAUUUGCUGAACAAAUAUAAAACAUAUAAGACACCAUCAGAAGAAGGUGUAAUUGUUUGGGUUGAGGUAUGGGUUCAGGAGGUGAACUCAGUUAAUGAAAUAACAUCUGAUUUUGAUUUGGAUAUUUACGUAACCGAAUUGUGGAUUGAUAAUGCUCUUAGAUAUGAUGACUUGAAUCCUUGCAAGUAUAAUCUGUCUCUCAAACAAAUAUGGAAACCAAACACAGUAUUUAUUAAUAGCAAAUCAGCUACUAUACAUAAAUCACCUUUCACUAAUCUCUUUCUUAUGAUUUAUCCCAAUGGUACUGUAUGGUAUAAAAAUUACAGAGUGCAGAUUAAAGGUCCAUGUCAAAUGGAUUUUACUUCGUUCCCUAUGGAUGAACAAACAUGCCUGCUUACAUUUGAGAGCUUCAAUUACAACAAUCAGGAAGUUGACAUGCAGUGGAUAAGCACAAAAGCACCUUUAAUACUAUUAAAAGAUGAAAUAAUUCUGCCUGAUUUCGUACUUACAAGUUAUAAUACAUCCAUCACAUAUCCAGCAGGUGUUUGGAAUGAAUUGACGAUGACGUUCACAUUUACUAGACGCUAUGGAUGGUAUAUAUUUCAAGCCUACGUCCCAACAUAUCUCACAAUUUUUAUCAGCUGGAUCAGUUUCUGCUUAAGUUCCAAGAUGAUUCCAGCUCGCACUAUGCUUGGCGUUAAUUCACUUCUUGCUCUUACCUUUCAUUUUGGUAACAUCAUGAGAAAUUUACCUCGUGUCAGUUACGUGAAAGCUCUCGAUGUUUGGAUGCUAUCGUGCCUUUCGUUCGUAUUUUGCUCACUUCUCGAAUUAGCUGUCAUCGGUUCAAUGAAUGAAAGCAGUGAAGUCAGUUUGGCAUAUAUAUUACAGUUUCUCGCCCCAAAUGAUCCACGGAUGAAGACAAAAGUAUUCGUCGCAUCAUCUGAAAAUCGUUUGAAAACUAAGAAAGUUAUUGGGAGAAAAUUUUCAAGGUUCAGAAUUUAUCAGCCAAUAAGGACACUGCUGAUUGCAUUUAUGAUUUUUUCUCAAGAAGUACUACUGAAUUCCAUCGAUAUAUCUUCUCCAAAUCCAGUAAGAAAAGCGCGACGAUCAAUCAGUAAGAAAACUAAUUGGACGGCUGACCGCAUUGAUCGACUCUCCAUAAUUCUAUUUCCCAGUUUGUUUACAAUAUUCAAUAUCAUUUACUGGAGUUAUUACCUAUCACGUACUAAAAAAUAA